CAGCAGUAGAAACCAAGAUCAGUAAACAAAUUUAAGCAAGAAUUUCCAAAAUGCCUGAAAACAAAAGCCAAGAAGCCGCGGAAAAUGUGGAAAUAGCCCAAGAAGAAAAAGAAAUACCUGAAGUGACAUUAGCCCAUAAAAAGGCGAAAGAAUGGAUUGUGGCCAUGGCCAGAGCAAACUAUCAGGAUCUAUCGAAAUUGGCUAAAGAAUAUCCCGAAUUGGUUAAGCUACACGAUCCUUUCACGGGUUAUACGGCAUUACAUUGGGCGGCCAAGCAUGGCAAUCAGGAUGUGGUGAAAUUAAUAGCGGGCACGUACAAAGCGGAUGUGAAUGCGAGAACGAAUGGUGGUUACACUCCUUUGCAUAUUUCAAUGCAAUUCGGCAGAGCUGAUGUCUUCGAGCUGCUCGUCAAUGUUUACAAGGCCAAUCGGGAUUUAACAGAUUGGAGUGGCAACAAACCAUUGGAUUAUAGCAAACAAAGUACCAGCGUCUCACCGUCCACAUUCAACAAAAUCAAGGCAAAGAAAAAAACGGCAGCCGAAAAAGAUUCGGGAUUCCUUCGGAUUGGUUCUUUGAAUGUCCGAGUGAAGAAGACAACCGAAGCGUUCAGCAACUUCUUGGGAGUGGGAAAUGGUCACACACUCUCCCAAGCGGGAGCAGCAAAUCGCCAUCACCAGCGGUCUCACCAACACCAUCUGCUAGAUCAUCGUCAUCAUCAUGCCGGUGGUACGACACAGAAUCCGAUGAUGAAGACCAAACAUUACGGAACUGAGAGAUUUAACAGUAAAACUAGCAGUAGUAGUAGUAGUAGUAGUAGUAAAAAGCAUAAUAAUGUCAGCUCACGCGCUAGUGUACCGGUCAAUAUGAAUAGCUUAUCGAGUAGAUUUGAGAAAUUACAUAAAUCAUGGGGCUCCGCUGAUAAUAUACAACUUCAAGACCAAGACCAACAAGAUGACAAAGCGAUUAUGCCACCGCCCAAAAAUAUGGAUACGCUUGUUAAAAAGCGACAAAAGUCUAUGACAACACCAACGACUAUGCGUUCAUCGGUAACAUCGUCCGUUGUAACUGAUUCACCACGUGACUCCAUAUCAUCCUCGAACUCCAGUACUAAUCUCUUUGCUGGCUACAGUAGUAUGCCAACAACACCGAAUCAGAAGCGUGCGCCCAUCGGUCGUGUGCCAUCCGCUGCUUUAAUGGAUUCGGACUCGGAUUCUGCAUGUGGUUUUGAUUCGAAUUGGGCAAUGAAUGGUCGGACUUCAGCGAGUAGUGGAAACUUAGAAGGGCCUCAGUAUUGAGAGAGGCGCAUACUCUUUUGACCGUUAUUAAUCUGUGUAUAUGUGUAAUAUAAUUUAAUUAUAUACUUGUGUACUACAUACUUAAAUGUAUUGCUAUAAAAAGCCAUGAGAAGAAUAUAAAAGCUACAUUAUUUAUGUUAAAUA